UCGUUUAGCUCCACAGUCAAAGUCAACCAGUGAAAUCAAACAGCACUUCAAUAGAUAUCUUCGACCUCGAGGAAAGGCUCUAUGAGCGUUUAUUUCUUUUUUUGUGUUACAAUAACAAACAAUUAUUUGAGGAGGGGGACACAGUUGUGUCUUCUUCUUGCCCUUAUUCUUUGACUUCUUCAGGCAAACCUUUCGGCAAGAUGCGCCUUACUUUUCAGAUGUUAAUUUCCCAUGGCCGAGUUGCCCGUAAAAUGGGUCUCGGUCCCGAGUCUCGUAUCAAUAUGCUACGCAAUAUGCUUACGGGGCUCGUUCGCCACGAGAGGAUAGAGACCACUCAAGGACGUGCGGACGAAGUUCGGUUCUACGCGGAAAAGUUGAUUGACUAUGCGAAGAAGGGAGACACUGACGAGAAAGCAAUGAAAAUGGCUAGCUUUUGGCUCACAGAAAAGGAUCUUGUCCCAAAGCUCUUCAAGGUACUGGCUCCUCGAUUCGAAACUCAGAAGAAGGGUUACACGCGCAUGGCUCGCAUUCCUAACCGGGAGAACCUGGACCGGGCCAAAAUGUCUGUUCUUGAAUACAGAGGAAACCCUUUCCCACCCCUGUAUCCUGUCAGAAAAAACAGUGAACUCAGCCUUAUCAACCAGCUGCUGAAAGGCUAUAAAGAGGAGAGAGCACAGAAGACAACAGUCAAAUUCUGACCAGCAAAUUCUGCUGUCUUUUAUGUCCACGCAGACAAGUGGAAGAAAGGCUUCUAGGAAACUUUGCGAGUCAUGCACACCAAUCCCUUCACAUCUUCCAUCUGUAUUUGUAUGAAAAAUGUAUGAAAAAUAAAUUAUU